AUGGAACUUGAUCCAAGUAACAACCAAAACAUUUCAAUUCAGCCAUUUUUUAUGUCCAACAACAUGUUGAAACCAGAAAUAGACGAUGAUUUUUGCAUACACUCUAAAGAUUAUCUUCAAGAUUUUCAGCACCUUGAUCUUAAUUUUUCUUACAAUACCUUCAACAACCCUGAAAAUGUUAUGAUUGAAACUAAUGGUUAUUAUGACCCCUUUGAUCCAUUUUCCAAUAUUGAGGACAAUUUUUCUUCGUUAGGGGAUUUUAACUUUAGUUCUGAGCUUAAUCCAUUUGAUCAGGAAAAUGGAGAGAGUGGUAGUAGCAAAGACAUGAAGAAUAAUUUUCAGGGUGCUGAUGGUGAUGAGUUUGUGAAACCUUUGAACUUUGUUGUGCCUGAUGAUCAAAGUUCAUGUGUCACUGGUGAUCAUAAUGGUUCUUGCAAAUUAGAAAUUGGUGGAGGAAAGACUAAUAGUAAGAAGAUGAGUAGAAAUCUAGGUGGUAGAGGGAGGAAGAAGUCUAAAUCCGCUAAAGGACAAUGGACAAUUGAAGAAGACAGGCUUUUGAUCCAUUUGGUAGAGAAAUUUGGAAUUAGAAAAUGGUCUCAAAUAGCUCAAAUGCUCAAAGGGAGGAUAGGCAAGCAAUGUAGGGAGAGGUGGCACAACCAUCUCAGACCUGAUAUAAAAAAGGAUUUGUGGACGGAGGAGGAAGACAGGAUCUUAAUCGAAGCUCAUGGUGAAGUGGGAAAUAAAUGGGCAGAAAUUGCAAAAAGACUUCCUGGAAGAACUGAAAAUUCAAUUAAGAAUCACUGGAAUGCAACAAAAAGAAGGCAAUUUUCAAGAAGAAAAUGUCGUACCAAAUGGCCAAGGCCUAGUUCUCUCCUCCAGAAUUAUAUCAAAAGUUUGAACUUGGAAAAAGGAAGCAGCAAAAAAAAUUCUCAAAUCAAUGACACAAAUUCUAGUGCCAAAGUCAUAAAGGUAUCACCUAAGACAGAAGCCAUUGAAUUUUGCCAAGGCAAUAAUAUUGGUGAUUAUGAUUUCAUGAGUGAAGCUCCAGAAUUUUCAUUGGAUGAUAAAUUUUUUGAAGAUAUUCCUCAUGUUGGUCCUUCCAUUAUGGAUCAGAAUUAUGAGAAACGCAUGGGAAUGGAGAUUAUGCCUUGUUAUGAAAUGCCUACAUUGAUGCAAGGUGACGUCAAUAAGGAGAUUGAUUUGAUGGAGAUGAUUUCUAGAGUUAAUCCAUAG